AUGCAUCAAAGCGUGGCUCCCAGCAAUCACUCCUCAAUUUAUCGCUACGCCUGUUCACAGUACGGCCACCGACAGGUAAGUAUCCUCCGGUUAAUUAACCACCAUCUAGCGUUACUCAUAAGCCCUGCAGUCAAAGCCUACUGUACGGUACCGACUGCAGAUCAAGUCCACGGCUGUCAUCGGGGCUCAGAGACCACCCGACUUAUUCUCCAUAGAUGUCGUGAAUUGGACAUAUUUCGACAUCCAGAGAUGGACGAACAGGCGGUUAAACCUACUCAGAUGCCUCCAGGAGGUCUACCGACUUGCCAUUUACCAAUGUGUUGA